AUGAGUGAAGCUCCGCCACCAGAUCCAAUUGUUGAAGAAGUUCCUGUAGUUGGUAAGUAUAAGAUUGCUAUUAAAAGUCGGGAUAUUUCGUACUUCUUUUUGAUUUUGCGAAACGUUCUUGCAGUUGAAGCUUCUGUCGAAAUUCCGAACGAUAUAGCUCUGCCAAACCCGGUGAAUAAUCUUUCAUUUGAUGUGAUUGCUCCACAGACGGAUGUAAGUGAAAGAUGUGUUAUUUUAUUGUUAUUGUUUAGAAGACCUACGACCAGCUGUUUGCGGAUCUUCUGGAGAAGGAAUUGGAUAAUGAGAAGUUGACUCCCGGAGAGUAUUUGGCAUGCGUUUUCUUCUAUGUUAUUCAGAACAAAGCAAAUGAGGUAGGUGGAAGGUUACAUGUCAUUGAUUCGAAUUAUCAAUUUAUUAAACCUUGCAUUUUUGUUAUAGGGUCGUUAUGCCGCCAUUCGAGGGAUUGAAGCCUACGCGAACUGUCCCGAAUUAUCGCAGGCCUAUGAAUUUGCUGAUCUUGCUCAUAAAAUUGAACUAACACAAUGCUUGCAAUGGAUCAGAAAUGUGGAACUACAUGAGUCUUUCAGGUAAUACUUUUUAUUGUAAUAAAUAAAGGGUUUCUUUGUAGGGUUGUUACCAAUUUUUAAUUAUUUAUAUUUUAGACCCUACAAAGAUGAGUUGUUGAAUCGACUGACUGCCCGACGUCUCCAACAAGUUCUCAGAGGGUAUGUGACCCUAAAAUUGGAUGAUCUCUGUUCCCUCCUUGCUCUCCCUUCUGAUUCCGAACAUGUUCAGCAUUUUCUGCAAGCUGCAGAAUGGAUAACAGCUCCAGAUGGAUUCAUUGAACCCAAAGAGACGGAGGGUUUCAAAAACUUCCUCAAACUUUUACAUCAAAAUGAAUUCGGACCCGAGAAGGCGGCAGUCUCAUCCACGAAGAAGGAAAACCGCCCCAUCUUGGAGAAUCUGGUCCGGUACGCGGGAUUCUUGGAUCGCAGUUAA